GGUUUUUCGGUUUCUUGGUUUGUAAAGACAGAAGUUUUUGUUGUAGCACUCCGGUCCAGCAGAGGGCGCUUUGGACCGACUGUAUCCCGUGAGUGUCCAUCAUCUGACGGACACUCAGCUGGCCCUCCACUACUUUUUGACAACAACGACUCUGUGGACAAUGUUCACAUCUUGACUGUUGGCCCCCCUAAACCACCAUAACUUACCACUGCUCCGUUUUAUUACUAUCCUUUGAAGCCAUACAUGAUGGAGCCGUCUGCGCCCAAAAGCAAGCUGAAAAAGCUGAGCGAGGACAGUUUGACUAAACAACCAGAGGAAGUGUUUGAUGUUCUGGAGAAACUCGGUGAAGGGUCCUAUGGCAGCGUGUUUAAAGCCAUCCACAAGGAGUCAGGCCAGGUGGUGGCCAUCAAGCAGGUUCCUGUGGAGUCCGAUCUGCAGGAGAUCAUUAAGGAGAUUUCCAUCAUGCAGCAGUGUGACAGCCCUUACGUAGUGAAGUACUAUGGCAGCUACUUCAAGAACACAGACCUGUGGAUUGUCAUGGAGUACUGUGGAGCCGGCUCCGUCUCUGACAUCAUCAGACUGCGCAACAAGACGUUGACAGAGGAUGAGAUUGCCACUAUCCUGAAGUCGACGCUGAAAGGUCUUGAAUACCUUCACUUCAUGAGGAAGAUCCAUCGGGACAUCAAGGCAGGAAACAUCCUCCUCAACACCGAGGGACACGCCAAACUGGCAGACUUUGGAGUUGCUGGACAGCUAACGGACACUAUGGCAAAGAGAAACACUGUGAUUGGUACUCCGUUCUGGAUGGCCCCAGAGGUGAUCCAGGAGAUUGGCUAUAACUGCGUAGCCGAUAUCUGGUCCCUGGGCAUCACAUCCAUAGAGAUGGCAGAGGGCAAACCUCCCUACGCUGACAUCCAUCCCAUGAGAGCUAUCUUCAUGAUCCCCACCAACCCUCCUCCAACAUUCAGGAAGCCGGAGCUGUGGUCCGACGAGUUCACAGACUUUGUCAAGAAGUGUCUGGUCAAGAAUCCAGAACAGAGAGCGACCGCCACACAGCUCCUUCAGCACCCAUUUAUCAGCCAGGCCAAGCCAGUCACAAUCCUGAGAGACCUUAUAACUGAAGCCAUGGAGAUGAAAGCCAAGAGACAGCAGGAGCAGCAGAGAGAGCUGGAGGAAGAGGAUGACAACUCUGAGGAGGAGACCGAGGUGGACUCUCACACUAUGGUGAAGUCAGGCUCAGAGGGUGCAGGAACCAUGCGGGCCACCAGCACCAUGAGCGAUGGGGCGCAGACCAUGAUUGAACACGGCAGCACCAUGCUAGAGUCGGACCUGGGCACUAUGGUCAUCAACAGUGAUGAUGAUGAAGAGGAGGAGGAAGACCAGGGAUCAAUGAGGAGACACGCCACACCCCAGCAGCCAAUACGUCCUUCCUUCAUGGACUAUUUUGACAAGCAGGACUCAAACAAGGCAGCCCAGCAGCAAGAGAACUACAACCACAACCAGCCACAUGAGCAGCCCGGCUACCACAUCCAGUCCAAGAACGUCUUUCCUGACAACUGGAAGGUGCCUCAGGACGGAGACUUUGACUUUCUGAAGAACCUGGACUUUGAGGAGCUGCAGAUGCGCCUGAGUGCCUUGGAUCCCAUGAUGGAGCGGGAGAUCGAGGAGCUGAGGCAGCGCUACACCGCCAAAAGGCAGCCCAUCCUGGAUGCCAUGGAUGCCAAGAAGAGACGGCAACAGAACUUCUGAGUGUUUCUCCUUGUCGCCUUCUCCCUCCGGUCUCGGUUUCCCAAAGCCACCGUCACCACAAAACGUCUGUCCCAUUGACUCAGAGGAACUAAGAUGACCUUAUUGUCUUUGUUGGAAACCCACUGCUGUUCUGACUGACUGCUAACUGGUGACAUCCACAUAUCCAACCUCCUGGAAUCUACACUUGUCUGCCUUGUUUCUAUACUCUGUCUAGAUGCUGUUCCGACAUGUUAGGUCUUAUAUUUGUUUCUAUGGUUCCUGCAAAGGUUAUUUCCUUGAAUGAUGCUCAGGACUGCGGCCAAAGAGAGAACUAAGGCUCGGUGAUUAUACAUCUGAAAGUCACAAAAUGAAUUUCCCCUUUUCCAAGUGCAGAAAACCCUUGAGGGGAAUCAGCAUUAACACAUAAAGAAGCCUAUUCUCUGGCAGUAGCAGUAAUGUAAUCACCAGGUCAAUGACAAGUGGUCUCUUUUCCUCAGACUUUCACUUUUUGUGUAAAUAUAAUAUAGAGCCUAGUUUGGAAAUACGUGCUACAAAAAGCUGUGGAGGCCUGUCCAUGACCAAAGACAAUCAGGAUGAUGUUGAUUAAGUUAAGAAUGCCUUAAAAUCUUUGAAACCUGGUUUUCAAAAUAAGCAAUGUGCAAAGAAACAUUUCCUCACAUGGAGAUGAGUUGGAAAUGGACUGUGGAAAGCUGCAGCGGGAUAGAAAUGAUAGAAACCACGAAGUGUUUGUGCAUGUUUUCAAUCGCUGGUGGAUCAGAAAAUUAGUCUUAAUCCUUUAUUUCAUUUAGUUCUUUUCAGGUAUGAUGUUCUGGGCUUCUUUAAACAUCCAAUGCGCUGUCUGCAUUGACUGACUCAUGCAUCCCGUGUGCCCCAUCACACACCUGUCUCAGUCCUACAUCGUGAAUUUAAAAUCUGAGCUUUUACUUGACAAACAGCACUCGAAGUAAAACUAGAGUUGCCACCAAAAUUCAUUCCUUAGUUUUUUUUCUUUUAAAAAAGACAACUAUGAUUUCCAUACAAAGCAGAAGCAUUCCUGAAUACUGUAUGACUUUUAUUUUUAUGUCCUCAGAGUCUUUAAACCCUGUUGUUUCCUGUAAUUGUUCCACAUUCUGAUUGAUAAAUUACAGAUUACAAUAUGACUGUCUAAAAGAUUUAAACUAGAUGUGGAGCAUCUGUAAAACAGUGAAGCAGCAACGACCGCUCAGUGCUCAGUGCCUCAGUGGACUGACUGACACUGUAUACACAGCUGCACAGCUAAUAUCUGAGCUUAGGACUCAUUUUUAAAAUUGCAUUAAAGUUUUUUCAGCAAAUUUUCCUGCAGCUUAUAUCGGAUGUUUCAGCAAUUAUUCUUAAAAAUGAUUUUUUUUUAUUAUUAUUAUUAUUAUUUUCUGACACGUAGGUGUGAUGUUAAUGGAGGAUUGAAGACACACCGUCAGUUCAUGGUUUGUGCUUCGUGUGUUUCGAGACACAAGCUUAUUGUUAACAGCUUCAAACUGUAUUUAAACAAAACUGCCCAGUGCAGUGAUCGAUAGUCUUGACUUCACCAAAUUUAAGGAACCUUAUCUAAAAAUGUAAUAUAAAAAAUAUCAGAAUAACAGAUUCUUAGCUCUCAAAUGUUGAUUCAGUAUUGGCCUGAAAAAUCCAGUCAGUUGGGUUUUAUUUCACAAUUUUGAAUGUUUAAUUGAAAACCUACAAUCAAGCUAACAAUAUAUUUGGCCUCUUCAUGAAGGAAACAAAUUGAGGCAUCUGUUUGAUUUUACAUGUGCUAAUAAUGACCCUUUGAAUGAAUUAUGAUUGUCUUAAAAUGCAUGUACGACAUGUCUGCUGUUACAUAUGAAUGCUAAUAUGCAGCCUUGAAGGUGUGCUUCAGCCCACUGCCUUUAGUUGAUCAUUUUAAUAAUACGAUAAUCUAAAAAAUGAGCUGACAUGACCACAGAAUCCAAAUUUCAAAUCAGUACUGUCUGAAUGAUGGUGUCUGCUUGUUUACUUUUUUUGUGUGUGUCUUGUUUUUUUUUUGUCCUGCAUGCAGAUGAACCUGUCCUGUCACAGAUUAUCGUUCACAUUCUUGCCAUGAACUAUUUUUCAUAAAUUAAGUCUGCAGUGCAUUGGCAACUUCCAUACAAGCAUUCACACUAUUAUUAUUUAUUAAACGUGUUUCAAAUCUUUUUUUCCCCCUUGUGGCACUGGUUUAAAAAUAGUAGCUGAUUUUGGCUGUUAAUAUUUUUGCCCUUUGUCAAAUAUAUGUGGCUUGAUUUCUGCGUGUUUUAGACUAUGCAUGUUUAUAAUUCUGUUUGCUAUUUAGUGGAAUGCUGUUGUAUUAACUGCACAGGUUAAAGUACUGUUAAUAUGGAGGCUGGAUUUGCAGCUUUGCUCUGUAAUAAAAAGCCCUGUUUGAAAUAUGACAGUGGAGAAUCUGCCAUAAUAUGUAUAGUUAUACGAUAUCUGACAUGACUCUUUUUUAUAUAUAUAUAUAUAUAUAUAUAUAUGAUUUUCCAUUUAUUUCACUGUUCUUUCCACGAUAUAAUGACUUGAGGGUUUAGAGUGGAAUGUGAGCAUUUAUGUUUGAACCACUUAAUUUAUUAUGUUUUGUUUGUAAUACGUUAUAAAGUUUUGAAAAGGUGCAAGAAAUAAUAAAAGUUACUUAUAGUUAACC